UGAAAUCAUCACAUUUCACAAAUUAAAAACAGAAUAUAUUAAUUUCUUGGUUAAAUUAUUUCUGCGUAAAUUUUUUGCUUUCUACUUUAUUUAUAUAAUAGUGAACGAAAUCUAAAGGUUAAUAUUUUACUAUCUACUAUGUCUGCGAAUAUUCCGGAGUGUCCACCCAGUUUAAAGUCAAUUCAACAUUAUCUUAAAACUGCUGCUGAACAUGAUACAAGGGACCCCAUUGUUGCUUAUUGGUGCCGUCUACAUGCACUUCAGACAGGGCUUAAAAUUACUACAAAAAAAACUCCAGAAGAAACAAAAGUUUUAAUGGCAAUCAUGGACUGGUUAGAGGAAGCGAAGACAACUUACAAAGACAAUGAUGCUAUAUCAAAUGAGGUAGUUGCCCAGGCUCAUUUAGAAAAUUAUGCUCUGAGAUUAUUCCUUUAUGCUGACAAACAAGAUCAUGAACAAAACUAUGGAAAAAACAUUGUAAAAGCAUUUUACACAGCAGGCAUUAUAUAUGAUGUGCUAACCACAUUUGGAGAACUGACAGAUGAAGCUGCACAAAAUAGGAAGUAUGCCAAGUGGAAGGCUGCCUACAUUCAUAAUUGCCUUAAAAAUGGGGAAACUCCUGUACCUGGACCCAUGCAGUCUGAAGAAGGUGGUACUGAAAGUGAAGGCAACCCAGGAGAUAUGGGCAGUUCUGAUGCAGCAAAUACACCCCCAUCGAUUGGGUUUCCACCUGUUGAUCCCACACCUCCACCAUCUGUACCCACCAGUUUUAAUAACUCCUUACCGGACCCUAAUGCUGCUUUGAGAGCCGCUUCACAGCUGCCACCGGUGCCAUACACUCCGGAUCCUAACCCUGGUGGGUUUGUGCCGUAUGAUCCAUCCCAGCAACCUCAACCAACACCGACACCCAUGGUCUACAGCGACAGCGUUGCUCAACUUACGCCGGACCAAAUAUCCAAAGCCCAGAAAUAUUGUAAAUGGGCAAGCAGUGCCCUGAAUUAUGACGACGUCAAAACCGCUAUAGGUAAUCUUAAAAAUGCUUUAGAGCUGCUGCAGACUGGACGUGAUCCUGCUUAAAUUAAGAAAAGUAAGUGCUUAUUUUGUUAUAAAUUAUAUUUUGAUUUGGCAAUAAUAAAAACAUGCUAUCUUCACUUUGGUAGUGAGUAGUGACAAAUGAUUCUUUAGAAACGAGCAAUGUGGCUUUCAAUUUUGAAUUAUAUGCAAUUUUAGCAUUUGCAAGCAGGAGCAUUCAAAAUUGCAUAAAAAUAAUGUGCCUUUUAAAUGAAUGCUCUGCCAAUUUCUUACAAAUCUAGCUCUAUAGUCGUUUCAUUCAAGAUGCUCAGCUUUACUGCAACUUAUUUCACAAAUUUUAAAAAUACUCCUAAAAUGUAACUGAUGAAAAAGUAUCAUAAAAGUUAAAGAAUGUGUAUUAUUUUAAUAUUUUGAAGGUUAAGUUGUACAAUUAAUUUAAUAUUAAAAUUACUAUCAAAUGUUUGAAACAUAAAUUAUGUUGUAUAAUAAGUAUACUUAAUUAUUUAUCUAAAUAUGUAAAUACAUAUUUUCCAAGUUGGCAAACAAGUAAAAGCCUUGUGUGUAGUGCUAUGUGGCAUGUGCAAAUAAAAAUUUAUAUUAUUAUUGAAAAUAAACAAAUAUUGUAAUUUC